GGAAAAAAAAGAAUAAAAUACAAUUGUGACAUUCUCUUUGAAAUCUUAGUGUUAAAUUCAUAUCACGUGAUGACUGACAUAUUAUCUAAAGUGUAUUGAAAACUUAUUAUCAGUCAAUCGAUAUAUGCAUAUUGUUUAAAUAACUAAAAAGAAUAGAGAAGAGAAUCCACUCAUUUAUUCAUCCAUCAUUAAAGUAGAUAGAAUACACUGAAUGUUAAAAGAUUAAAUAAAAACAAAAUUGAAGAAAGAAAAUUAAAAGUAAAAAAAAAUUUAUUGAAUGAAGUUUAUUUAAUGGGAAACUGUCUAAAAAUUACAAACGAAGACGAGUCACAGUGUUCAACUAAUGAAGAAUUACAUUCUUCUGACUCAAAAUGUAAAAAUUCAUUAACUUGUAGAAAAAAUAGUAACAAUAGUAUUACUAGUGGUUUAAAUGUACAACAAGCUGGUGACAGGAUAAACGAAAAUGAAUCACAUAAAAUCUGUGAUACUACAGGUAGUAAUGCAAAUCAUAGAAUAACAACAAUAAAGGUUGAUGAUGUAAUGAAUUAUAAUAAUAAAUUGAAUCAUAUACAAGAGAAUGAGUAUAUGUCAGCAAUGAAAGCUGAUGGUGAUGUAUAUCAUGAUUGUGAAACUGGUUCAUCAUUUGCUGAAACCUGGGAUCCUGUUCUAUUUGAUCAUCUACCUGUUCAACAAAAUUUUAAACUAAAUGAAUUAAGGCAUGAUAAUCAAUUGGGUAAGAAUAAUCGGGAUAAAUAUCAGAUGAAUAAUAACUUAGAGGUAUAUAAACAAAAUCGAUUACCGCUAAUAAGUACUUCUAUACUUGGAUUUACUGUAUUACGAUCAGAUAUACCAGAUUCAGUAGAAUGGUUACGUAAUGGAGAAAUUGAAAAUCCAAAGAUUAAUUUAAACAAAUAUCUAAUUAAAGGUAAAUGUAAUAAUAAUAAAAAAUUGGAUAAUGGUAAUGAAAAUAAUACUAAUGCUGAUGAAUUAGACGAUACUGUCUUAAAAGGUGGAUUUACAUCAAUCCAUGAUAGUUGGCUACGUUAUACAAUGUUUAUUCAUCAAGAAAAAUCAGAUAGUGUACAAUUUCUUAAUACUUAUCGUAAAAUGAAACAUAUUUUUCUUAGUUUAGAAGUAAGAACUGGUUGUGAGAUUCGAAUGAGCCGACGUUUAUUCUUGCAUAAAGGAAAAUUAGUACGUACAAUUGUUAUUGAUGGUCCAACAAGACAACAAAUACUACGAUGUUAUUCAAGCCUGCCUGAAUUGUUAACUCGUUUAAUGAUAUUAGAAUGUGAACGACCAAGUGAAACAGAAUCAAGAACACUGAGUAAAUUUAAGAAAAAUAAUGAAAGAGGAUUUAGAAUGUUUACAUCAUUAUUUCAAAAACCUGUAUUAACAGCUUAGUUUGUCUAUUUAUGCUUUUUUUUUCUCUCACCACUAACCUUAUU